AUGGCGCGCGAUAGAAGAGCACUAACUUCUUUUGAGUUGCAAGUAGAGGCAGAACAAGCAGCCGAUGAGUUACAUAAUUAUGAAAACAUGAGUGAUGAUUUUUCUGAUUAUUCAAACUCAGAUUUGGACCCUACGUAUGAACAAACAGAUGCCACAUGCUCGAGUGAAUCUGAUAACGAACCGAACAAAAUCGGUAAACUGAUAUUUCUUAUCAAACACACACCUUCACUUUGCCACAAACAUCAGAAAACACUCAUAUCGUAUCACCUAAACCGGCGAGAAUCCAUUGGAUUACCGUUUGGGCUCACUCCACAACCAUUAUUCUUCUAUAAUAAUCCGCCAUCCCCAACUUCCUCUUCCGGAACAUUCAGAGCGAAUACUCCACCAAGUCGUUUCACGCCGUAUGAAAGAUCUUCGACUCCCGAUGAUACACAGAACUCCAAUAAUGAUACUAUACAAUUAAGUAUCAUUUUAGAUGAAACUUCAAGAGGAAACAUACUCGUUCAUUAUUACAACAAAUUUUCCAUGUUUCAAGAAGAACAAAGGUCUUCACUGAUUUCACUUGUUGCGUUCUAUUUUGAAGAAAAGGGAAUAAAAAUGACGCUAAGUUCUAGUCAUCAAAUGGAACGACAAAUUUUGGAAAGAUUUCCGACAGAAAAAAUUGAACGAGUCGUUCCUGGCUUCACCUCAAAACAAUUCCAACAACAUUUCCGAAUAACCAUCGAUGCUUAUGAACAUCAACUUAAUGUGAUGGGGCCUCAAAUAAUGUCUAGGCAGGAUGAAGUUGGCAUGCCAAAUAUUAACGCAGAGAAGCAAUUAUUGGCUGUUAUCUGGUUGCUAGCCACACCAGACUCUUAUAGGUCAGUUGGAGAAUAUUAA